AGUCGUGCUUUCCCUCAAGAGAAGCAACUAAGCUUCCCGAAAAAAACUGUAAAUGAUACAACACUAACUGGAACGGCCAGAAUCGAAUCUGAGAUCUGCAGGCCGCAAUGGCUCAGAACGAUAAUGGUGUAUGGACCCGAUCGCCAACGGCUACUUUGAUCAACGAUGGAACGCGAUCUCAAUCAAGCAUUCAUACCAUGUCAUUCGGCAAUUUUGGCACUGAGAAACUCAGUGGAGAUGUGAAAAAGCUACUGGGUAUCCUUGAAGCAUUAAACAGACCACAGAAAGAGUUCAGAAACCUGCUCGGGCAGCUCAAGGCUCUCUUUACAGUCAUACAGAAUUUGAGCGAUGGUGCUCUCGAGUAUAGCCUCGACGGUAUUCCUGACCCGGCACAGGACCGGCUUUGGCAUGCGGUGGGCAAUAUCAGUGAGCAAUGCUGCAACACUAUGGAGCCUUUGGAGCACAGCUUUGAACAGGAGCUGUUGAAUACUCGCGCUUUUCAGUCCUCACAGCCAUCGUUGUUGCACGAACCGUCAUGGCCCUACAAUGAAAACAUUGUCGCAAUAUGUGUUCAUACAGAUGUACUUUCCGUGCUACAAAAAGCAAUAAAACUCGAAUCAAUGAAGAAGCAAACUGGCCCUGGAGAUAUGCCAGAUGCCGCCUAUACUCUAGCUUCCACAAUAUCUCACAAAGCAUCAACAUUGGUUGCUGAUAUAGAUGAAAACUAUUGUUUUGACCAAAAGAAUUAUGAACGGGUUAUAGAAGAUUUGAAGAAUGCGCUUCAGAAUGCACUGUCGGUUGCGAGGGCAAUGCCGAGUAAGUCCGUCAACAAACAUUGGACAAUCACAAGAGAAACCAGCAGGCUCUAUACUGGCCGACGGGAGGAAUUAGACACAAUUUUCAAAGCAUUUACACCUGCUACAAAUACAAAUCAAAGACGUUUUGUUGUCCAAGGCGUGCCAGGAUCAGGCAAGUCUGACUUGGUGCUCAAGUAUGCUGAAGAGCAUAUCACGUCCUACUGGGGCGUCUUCUGGCUCGAUGCAAGCAGUCGAGAGAAUGCUAAGGAGUGUUACGCGGAAAUUGGUAGAUGUGGGGGUGUCGAGCCCAUAGAGAAGGCUGCUAAGCACUGGCUGUCGCACCUUCACAGCUCGUACACUUGGUUGUUGAUCAUCGAUAAUGCAGAUGAUGGGGAACUAUCAUUGGAAGAUCUCUUCCCUCCCAGCGUUCCAGGCUUCGCACAAGGAUGCAUCCUUGUGACAACUCGCAAUCCAGGCCACCUUGAACAUGGCACUACGGGUCGAUUGGAGCUUAAAGAAAUGGACGACGCCGAUGCGAACGAGUUGUUACUGAGAGCAGCGAAUGUUGAGGAGCCAUGGAAAGACGGUCCAAUCGAGUUGGCGAAGAAGAUCUGCAAGCACCUUCAUUAUCUACCUCUAGCCCUUUUGCAUGCAGGAAGAGCCAUCAGGGACGGACUUUGCAAACUGGCUGAAUACAUCAACUUUUUCAAUUCCCAAGCCUCUCGUAUUCGGCGUUCGCGACAGAGAAGACGCGACAGAAGUAUGUCCAGAUCACAGAAGCGAAUCAAAGAGGAUGAUGAACAUAUGUCGAUAUUUGGCUCUUACGAAAUCCUGUAUGAAUCAUUGGAGGGGGCAGCUGCUCGAGACACUAUUGGCAAAUACCAAGACGCUCUGCAACUACUACGAAUCCUCUCAUAUAUGCAUUUUUCCAAUAUUCGUCUCGAUGUUAUUACACGUGCCGCUACAAAUCCAAUAAUGGAAAAUCAUUUCCGAAAAGAACAGGAGAAUAAAGAUGCGGCAAUUCUCCAGCGUAUAGGUCCCCUCCCUCGCCCUCCCCUAAGUGCACGGAUUAAGGGUCUGGCGAUUCGUAUAAGAAGCCAUAGCCUGUUGACUCCAAAGCCAACUUUACCUGAUGUGCUCAAGGAUCGCGACGAACUCGCAUCAGAACUGGCUGAAGACGUGUUUUCUGAUGUACACCGAGCUCUGAAAGUCCUUGUCAAUAGAGGUUUAGUGAGUCGCGGCAAGGAUCGGGCCGGCAUUAAGCGUGAGCAAGACCGAUACCAUAUGCACCCGCUUGUGCAUCAAUGGGUUCGGGAAAGGCCACAAUGCUCCGUCGGCGAAGGCGCGUUGUAUUGUCAAAUUGCCACGACUAUUCUAUCCAGAGCAGUAAGGCUGGCUGGCAAAGAUGAGGACGGCGAGAAGGAGAUGCGACGUGAUAUGAAGCCACAUAUCGACAAUGUGCUCGACUAUUCCAAGAAGCUUCAAAGGGAUUUGCAAGAAAAUCGCCAACGAAAGAGGACCCAUAUUUGGUCAUUGCUUUUCGGGGAUAGUGAGCCAAAAGAACUCGGCGGGACGCGGGCAUAUGAAUUCGGCCGCUUUAGCAGAGUCUACAUAGAGUGUGGCGCUUUCAGCGAGGCGGAGGAACUACUGCAACGGGUUCACAACUACGUGACUGCACGUCUAGGUCAUGACCACGAAAUAUCCCACGUGGUGAAGCAGGCUCUCGCUUUUACCCUCUGGAAUGAAACCCAUUGGAAUGACGCGGCCCAGCUUCUGCGCCAGGUGUACGUCUCCCGCACAAAGACAUUGGGUUCAAUGCACCCAUUGACUAUACAAAUUACAAAUAAAGUCGGAGAAUCAGCACUAACCCAGGGACGCAUUACUGAGGCUUUGCAGCUGCACCAAAAAGCUAAAGCCUGCCUGAUAGAAAUUCAUGGAGAACAACAUCACGAGGUGCUGAAAACGACUAGAUUGAUCGCCAGAUGCUAUUUCUAUCGCUUGGAUUGGAAAAGUGCAGUCGCCCUGCAUAGAGAAGCCUCCAGCGGCCUACGAAAACUUUGGGAAAAAGAUGCGACGGAUGAAUUAACUGAAGAAAACGUGCUAGACAGUGAGGAGGACUUCGCAAUGGCAUUGAUCCGGCUCGAAAGAGACAAUUACGACGACGCGCUCAAAAUCAUGCGGCACGUAAUGGAUCGAAGAACGGAAAUUUUGGGAAAAGAGGCACCUUUCGCUUUAGUCGCGAAAGCCAAUUACGGCCAAAUUCUUUCCAAGUGCGGGAGAUUCCCAGAAGCCAAAAUUCUGAUGAGGAAGACUUUGGAUGUCGCGGAACGCAACUAUCACGAAGACCAUCUUGGUGUAAUCGCUGGCAAGGGCUGGUACGGGAAGGUCCUCUUGGAGAACGGAGAACUCGAAGAAGCGGCAUAUUACUUCCGCCAGGCCAUGAAGAAAGAGCAUUACAGCAAAGCCGCAGCCGAUGACGGAGAACACCCAGAUCGGAUCAUGGUCGUGUGGUUGUAUGUGCGGUGUCUAAAGCAAGAGGGCAAAUUCAACGAGGCGCUCAAGCUUUGCAAGGAGCUUGAAAUAAACAUUCCUUUGAUUGGGGGGAAAGGUCUCGGAAACAAGCAUGUCUUUGCUGAAAUGCUACCAGGCAUAAUUGAGGAUAUUAAGAAACUGCAGACUUCAGCGGACUGUGUGCGAGAUUCGGGCUCAGUUGCUCGUCAAAGGCGUAAUGUGUCUUGAGGCAACCAUACUAAUGGUGCCUGGUUGGCAGUCGUGUGAUGGAUACAGCGAUUUUCAACAGCUGGACUGGACAUGCUCGUCCUCUUAUCGUUAGGCCACGAUGCAAUGGGCCAGGCACGCUUAUAGCGCCGUCUUCCAGGAGUCAAUGGCAAAUGUAC